AUGUGUCGUCGAAGUCAUCGGUCGACCGCUGGGCGACUACCAGAGCGUUAUCGUGAUGACUUUAUCCUGUCGUUACCUAACAUUGUGUCCAGCCAAAAAACUAUCGUCGCAUCUUCCGCGUCAUCUUCACAUGCAAGGCCGCCACCGCCAACGCGUCCAUCACAGAGCUGCAGGCCACGUGUGCCCAUUCCUGCCCCCGACAGACUUAAAGAGGAAGGCGCUACCGGCGAAGACGUGAAAUAUGAGAGUCUCGCCACAAAUCCAGCUGCUAUUUUGUGCACUGAAGGGCUUUCCACUACUACAGCCUCGACUCUUGCCUGGAUAAAGGACGAGAGCUCUGCGGAAGAGGCCAUGGACGUCAAACAUUCACGUAAUAAGAAGCAGUCAAGAAGUAGUCCGAGUAAGCAAACAAGCCGGGCAUAUCUUGCGAAGUAUCUAGAUGGCACUUGGAUGGACGAGCAUGGAAGAAACGUACAUUUCCUUGACAAAUACUACGAUGAGCAUGUUGAAGAGUAUGAAGCGGAGAAGAAGAAAGACAAGGUGGAAGACCUGAAAGGCGAAAAAAAUGGCGUUAGACUGUUCCCAGAGGCUGCGGAGCACGAGGCUGUGUCGCUAUACAAUAAUAGAGAUGUUGAAUUGGAGGCAUUCGAGAAAUGGUUGGUGCAUGGUGAAUCAAAGCAUGCUGCGGCCGGAAACGGUGGUGAAGAGAUGGAUCAAAACAUAACAAAGUACUAUACGGACAAGAAAUUUGCUGCCCUUCACUUCAAGUUGCAGUGGCACAUGAUACUUGAAGCUGAAGAAGACCUUAUCUUUCAUCCGCCUCGGCGUGCACACGCAGACGCUAAUGGAAAGCCAUUUCGAUAUGCGCAAAAGUUGUUUGGGAUCAACGGUCUACAUGCUAUCAGCGCACUGGAAAAGAAGAAUAAGGAGGCACGGAAUAAAAUUGAGCUGAUGCCACAGAGAAGUGACUAUGAGAUGGCGAAGGAAUAUCUGAAAGAAAAAGGACUGCCGAGCUCCUUAAUAGCGAUGUACAACUAUCUUGAUCAGUGA